UUGUGAUGAAAAAUGCUAAACAGUACACCCCAUUGCUUAACUCUAAUAUAUAAUUUAAUCAAAUGUCCUGUUUUUUUGGGGUGUUUUGCUGCGAGUCCUGUGUAUGAUCUGUGUUUGACCUCCUCAUCAGAGUUCACUUUGCAGCACUGCAGGUUUGACAGCUGUCUCAGUAAAUGCCUUCAUGGCUUCUAGUUGCUGAAACGCUUUCAUUUAUCCUGUCUGUCUGGACGCCACACAAAGGCAUCCAGCCAUCAAGUCAGGUUGAGAAGACAAAUUAUUAAACAAUCGUCUUGUCAGAUCUUCAGUGAUCUGUAAAGAAUUUGCAGGAGUAGCUUAUAUGUGUUCAAAUCUUUUACUUUAUCUUAAGUCCUCAAACCAUGAUCUUAAAAGACGAAAGGUAUACAUUUCGGGGAAAACCAGAGAUUGUUGGUAAAGUGUUGCGUCACAUUCGCCUCCUGCAGCUUUAGUGCUCCUUGUCACAGAUUCUGUGUGAACUCUGCUCCAGAAAUGAAAAGCAUUCUUCCAAAAGUAAUUCACUCAUUUGGUGUUUUGAUGAUGGUGCAACAGAGCGCUGACACAAUCUCACACAGCAACAACUGGGUUGAGAUCACAUUUUACGUAGAUUUUGUACGUGUAUGUGUAACUUUUACUGUAAAUUGUUCUUUUAGUCUAAGUAGAUCAACAGAAUUGUAUUUUAAUCCAGACAUUAGCGGAUUAAUUAAUCACAUCUUCUUCUUCUUGCAGCCUCCCUUCGCUAUGGACCUCUUGACCUGCAGACUUCAGAGAUGUUAGCUUUGAGCCACUACAACUCCUCAGCCUCCCCGUUCCUCCCUCGUCUGGCUAAUGACAGUGGAGGGACGGUGGAGGUCAGUGUGGCUGUUGAGGGGCUGUCGCAGCAGGGAAACUUCACGUUUGUGGAGCCGACCACCAGCGGCAUCAUUGCCGUCGUCCUGUCCAUGACACUGGGCAUCAUUUCCAAUAUUGUGGCUCUUUUCAUCCUGGUUAACGCCUACUCCCUCCAGCGCCGGCGCUCCAAAGCUACAUUCCUUCUAUUUGCCACUUCACUGGUGAUCACAGACUUCAUUGGCCAUGCGAUUCCUGGAGCCCUGGUUCUGCGACUCUACCUCUCCGGAGGUGUGAGUCCUGAAGACUUUGACUCCUCUGAUGGCAUGUGCCAGUUCCUGGGUGGCAGCAUGGUGUUCUUCGGCCUUUGCCCGCUCUUCAUGGGUUGCGCCAUGGCUGCUGAGAGAUGUCUGGGUGUUACUAAACCACUGCUGCACUCAUCUCUAGUCACCAAAACACGCACAAAGAUCUGCUUGGCUGUGAUCUGGCUGCUGGCUUUGUGCGUAGCCUUGCUGCCCUGCCUCCAGCUGGGCUCUUAUACCUACCAGGACCCAGGGACCUGGUGUUUCAUCAACGUGCUCAGUGACACUGAGGAGGUGGACGUGGUUUUUGUGGUGCUGUUCUCUGGACUCGGUCUGACCUCACUAGCUGUGGCGCUGGUGUGUAACACCAUCAGUGGACUGACACUGGUUCUGGCCCGGCUCAGGAGGCAGCCUGGUUGCCAUCACUCAGCAAAGUCCCAUGACAUAGAGAUGGUGGUGCAGCUGGUUGGCAUCAUGGUCUCCUCAUGCAUCUGCUGGAGCCCUCUGCUGAUCUUUGGCCUGAUGUCCGUGAUCCACUCCUACACAGGAACCAUUGGGGAUAACCUGUUGAACUAUAAAACCUUGAUGGUGAUGGGAGUGAGGCUAGCUGCGUGGAACCAGAUCCUCGACCCCUGGGUCUAUAUCCUGCUGCGCCGCACAGUGCUCCGCAAAAUCUACCUCAUCGCUAAGUGCCAGGCGGGCCUGCGGGGAACUAUACUGGGCCGCUGGGAGCCGACCUCUUUCCCCAGCUCAGAGAAGAACGAAGUCAACCAAGUCUGAACUGAGAAAUGGAUGAAAUUGGUACCAGGUCAUACAAAGAACUUUGUGUGCAAAGACUUUUGGAAAAGGAGACCUGCAUAGAAGCAGGAGAAAAGAACAAAUGUUGCAGCUGUGUUGGUCCCUGUCCAGAAAUGCUUCAUGGUUUGAUCAAAUCUUUUUUUUUUCUUCCAUCACACAGCAUCGAAGAGGAGUUCAUUGUCUGACCUUAAAAAUGGAAGCUAGCUAAUGCUAUGAUUUUGCACAAGAGAUCAUAAAUGUUCUACUGUUUACUUAACAAACGUGAACAUUCCUUAAUAUUAUAUUUUUAUUAUGAAACUCAUAACAAAAGUCAAAGCUGUCGUCCACAGUGUAGUAAUGCAGUAAUAAGCAUGCGACUCAAAGGUUAGCACGAGUGAUACUUAAAGAGUUUAUUUUCUGGUGUCAUGUUCCCAUUUUCACCAGCUUUGAAAGUAAGACUAGGUAGAAAUUGCACAGUGAUUUGCUCUCAUAUUAAACUGUGGCAGAAGAACUGAGCUCCAGAGUAAACCCAAAAGUAUUUAGAGGUUAUUUCUAUUGUUAUUCUGCUGAAUGUACGUCAUUAAGGAAUGUUAAUAUUCAAAUACUGUGGACUUUGUGUACGUUUGAGUUUAUACAUGCUUUGAUGUGUUUAUAUAGUGCUUUAUGUGAAAUAAUGUAACAUUUUAUAAGUUAUUACUUGAACUGUACCCUCAGUUUACUGAGGAUAUCUAAAGAAAUUUAAACUGAAUGUAAAUAAAACAAUGCAAUGUG